AAUAAGUUCAUCCAUGAAAUUUCCUUGCUACUAAAUAUUCCACAGUCAACUGUUAGUGGUAUUAUAACAAAGUGGUAGCAACUGGGAACAACAGCAACUCAGCCACACAAAGUGGUAGGCCGCGUAAAAUGACAGAGCGGGGUGAGAACAUGCUGAAGCGCAAAGUGCGCAGAAGUCGCCAACUGUCUGCAGAGUCAAAACCUAAAGACCUCCAAACAUCGUGUGGCCUUCAGAGUGCUUCAUGGAAUGGGUUUCCACAUCCAAACAGCUGCAUCCAAGCCUUACAUCACGAAGUGCAAUGCAAAGUGUCGGAUGCAGUGGUGUAAAGCACACUGCCACUGAACUCUAG